GUCUUAGCUGUCACAGAUUGAAAUUCGCUAAAAGAAAAGAAAGUGAUAGUUUUCAUGUUUUUCGAAUGUGAUUAACAAUUUUUAAUAUUGCUGGCUAAUUUUCACCAUCACUUGACCUUAGAUAGUGUAGUUUUAGUUUGUAGAAUCUGUCCCGCCCGUAUUUUGGUUGAUGCCCCAGCAGACAUGGAUUGCAACAGGAACAAUGCAUUUUCCGAGAAGCUAAAGGAGCAAGUGCACGGAUCGUUCGACCGUAUCCGGAAGGCACUGGAUCUGCGGGAGAAGCUGCUGCUGAGACAGCUGUCGGUCGUGGUCCAGCAGUCGCACCAUGUCACAUUCCAGUUCGAUAAUAUAAAGUUUGUGGACAACGGCGAGGAGGAGCUGAUUGCCCGGAUCCGGACGUACGGGAAAUAUAAUAUAGAUAAUUUUAACAUUAUACUUAAGGAUCCGUACGAGAACGAGGAGUACAUUCAGGAUGAUCACGAUUUGAUGCAUAAAAGCUGUCGACGGGGAGUUGGGGAUGACGAACGGGAAAAUCCGGAGAGUGAGGAAAUUGUGGUGGAAUUCUUCAACAACAAGAGCCUUAUCAAGGAGGGUGCGGAAAUGGUGCGAGAGUCCAUUAUCAAUCUGGCCCUGAACGAAAGCAAAGAGCUGAUCGAUAAGAGUUUCAAUGAAAGUGCAGAGCUGCAGCUGGAGGAGGAUCUGGAACGCAUCAAAAUCGAUCUAACAAACUUUCGAAAUCGCGAGCGCAUUGUAACAGAUUCACUUUCAACGCAAGGUGAAGGUAGAAAGGCAUCUGUUGAUAUUAGCAACAACAACGGAAUCGGCCAGUGUGGGGCGUUUGGAAUUGACCCAACAAAAGUUGCCAGGCAGCAGCAGCAGCAACAGAUGAUAACAAAAGCGUCUCAAACUGAGUUGGUCAAGGCAGGUAGACACGGCAGUGGCGGUAACGUUUCGUCCAGCACCGACACUGAGCGCAGUCUCGUGGCCAAAAGUAGCAAACAGCACGUAGAGAAGAGCAUGAAACACAUUUCUAAUCUGACGAUGAACAAUUGCGGCGGCACAAUCAACCUUAAGAACGUAACAAAUCUAACGAUAAACACCUGCCCGGAAGAGUCGGCGGUAAAAUCGGCCGAGCCAAAGUCUCCCCCGGCGGUCGCGCGAUGUCCCUCCGAGGAAGGCAGCCCAGAGUGUGGCUUCUACAAGCGUCUCAUCACGGAGAACAAAAUACUUCGCCAGCACAUCCUUAAGACUAGUCUGGCAUCGGCGCACGUGCCAAAUCCGCAGUCUUCCGAAUCGACUAAUGUUACCAGUUCGGAAUCCCCGCGGCCACCGUCCGAAUCUUCGUCCUCCGACGGCUCUUCCGACACCAAACCACAACGGCUGCCGUUGACGGUGGCGGAGCUGCGUGCCGUGCUGAACCUGCCCCAGCAGGACGAUACCCUAACACAGGUGCUCGGCGAUUUGUUUGCGCUGGCAUCGCCGACGACGGCCGCAGCCGUAGUCGCCGAUGUUGCGGCGAAAGAACCGAUCGCAGCCGCAGCCGCCACUCCCGGUGCAACGCAAGAGCACACGAUGCAAAUUCAGCAGUGGCUCAAGCAAAUCAUCUCCGAAACCGAAACCGAACCACUGCAGAACGCCGAACUGAUGGAGUUUAGCCACAUUAACAAUUAGAAUAAUGCUUAAAGGUAAUUUGUCGAUUGUGCUGAUUUUGUUUGCUUAUAAUUUAUUCAUGUUUUCCAAGGUUGUUAUUCGAAAAGGUUAUCGGCGAUAAAUUACGGUAAUCCACCGAUUUGUAGUUAUAAAAGCAAAUUGCGAAAUUACUAUGAAUUUCACAAAAUACCUACGUAUUAUUGUUUAUUUUAUUGUUUUUUUUUUUUUGCAUUCUCCAAUGAAGGAAUGCUAUAAAAUCUCUCAAAAGAUUUAAUUAAAAUUGAGAUUUCAUUUAAAACUUUUACGUUUCAAAAGAAAAUACAUUGUAACUACAUCAACCGAAUAUUUUUUAAACGUUAAGAGGUACUGAUCAAUGAUUAUCGUUAUUUAUCGUCGAACAUCUAUGACGAAACGAUAAUAUUGUUAACAACUUUGAUGCUUUCCAAACUUUUGUCUUUUUUAAUCUUUUUUCUUUACCACAUUACUUUUAUUCUCAUAACGAUUUUUUUUGUUUUAAGCUUUUUUUUCCUAUUUUUUCAAGUUUUAUUUUAUAUAUGAGCAAUUCUCUACGAAAUCGGUCUUUUUUCUUCAAUUUUAUUUUUUGUAUUUUUUAAUCGAGCUGAAACUUUUUUGGUGCCUUUGGUAUGCCCAAAGAAGCCAUUUUGCAUCAUUAGUUUGUCCAUAUAAUUUUCCAUACAAAUUUGGCAGAUGUCCAUACAAAAAUGAUGUAUGAAAAUUCAAAAAUCUGUAUCUUUUGAAGGAAUUUUUUGAUCGAUUUGGUGUCUUCGGCAAAGUUGUAGGUAUGGAUAUGGACUACACUGGAAAAAAAUAAUACACGGUAAAAAAAAUUUGGUGAUUUUUUUAUUUAACUUUUUAUCACUAAAACUUGAUUUACAAAAAAACACUAUUUUUAAUUUUUUUUUAUUUUUUGAUAUGUUUUAGAGGACAUAAAAUGCCAACUUUUCAGAAAUUUCCAGGUUGUGCAAAAAAUCAUUGACCGAGUUUUGAAUUUUUUAAUCAAUACUGAUUUUUUCAAAAAAUCGAAAUUUUGGUCGUAAAAAUUUUUCAACUUCAUUUUUUGAUGUAAAAUCAAAUUUGCAAUCAAAAAGUACUUUAGUGAAAUUUUGAUAAAGUGCACCGUUUAAAAAUUAUAGCCAUAUUUAAGUGACUUUUUUGAAAAUAGUCGCAGUUUUUCAUUUUUUUAAGUUAGUGCACAUGUUUGCCCAGUUUUGAAAAAAAUAUUUUUGAAAAGCUGAGAAAAUUCUCUAUAUUUUGCUUCUUCGGACUUUGUUGAUACGACCUUUAGUUGAUAAGAUAUUGCAAUGCAUAGGUUUAAAAACAGGAAAAUUGAUGUUUUCUAAGUCUCACCCAAACAACCCACCAUUUUCUAUCGUCAAUAUCUCAGCAACUAAUGGUCCAAUUUUCAAUGGUGAUAUAUGAAACAUUUGUGAAAUUUUCCGAUUUUUUCGAAAAAAAUAUUUUUAAAAUUUUCAAAUCAAGACUAACAUUUUAAAAAGACCAAACAUUCAAUAUUACGCCCUUUUGAUAUGUUAGUCUUGAUUUAAAAUUUUUGAAAAUAUUUUUUUCGAAAAGAUCGGAAAAUUUCACGAAUGUUUCAUAUUUUAACAUUGUAAAUCGGACCAUUAGUUGCUGAGAUAUCGUUAUUAGAAAAUGGUGGGUUGUUUGGGUGAGACUUAGAAAACAUCAAUUUUCCUGUUUUUAAACCUUUGCAUGGCAAUUUCUCAGCAACUAUGGGUCGUAUCAACAAAGUCCGAAGAAGCAAAAUAUAGAGAAUUUUCUCAGCUUUUCAAAAAUAUUUUUUUCAAAAGUGGGCAAACAUGUGCACUAAUUUAAAAAAAUGAAAAACUGCGACUAUUUUCAAAAAAAUCACUUAAAUAUGGCUAUAACUUGAAAACGGUGCACUUUAUCAAAAUUUCACUAAAGUACUUUUUGAUUGCAAAUUUGAUUUUACAUCGAAAAAUGAAGUUGAAAAUUUUUUACGACCAAAAUUUCGAUUUUUUGAAAAAAUCAGUAUUGAUUAAAAAAUUCAUAACUCGGUUAGUAAUUUUUUGCACAACCUGGAAAUUUCUGAAAAGUUGGCAUUUUAUGUCCUCUAAAACAUAUCAAAAAAUAAAAAAAAUUAAAAAUAGUGUUUUUUUGUAAAUCAAGUUUUAGUGAUAAAAAGUUAAAUAAAAAAAUCACCAAAUUUUUUUUACCGUGUAUUAUUUUUUUCCAGUGUAGUCCAUAUCCAUACCUACAACUUUGCUGAAGACACCAAAUCGAUCAAAAAAUUCCUUCAAAAGAUACAAAUUUUUGAAUUUUCAUACAUCAUUUUUGUAUGGACAGCUGCCAAAUUUGUAUGGAAAAUUAUAUGGACAAACUAAUGAUGCAAAAUGGCUUCUUUGGGCAUACCGAAGGCACCAAAAAAGUUUCAGCCGGAUUAAAAAAUACAAAAAAAAACGAAUGACCGAAAUCCUAGAGAACUGCUCAUAUAAAGAAUCAAAAAUUUCCAAAAAAAAAAUUAAACAAUUUCGUCUUUUUAGAAGUUAUAACUCUGGCGCAAACAAACAAAAAACCGAAACAAAAUUGACUGGACCUAGCAAACCAAAGGGAAGUCAUCGUUUAAAAAAAAAAUGAUGACAAACUCAUUCCACCAAUUGCAUCGUUCGCAUCGCAAAUCUUUAAAUUCUAAAAUAUUUUUUUCUACAUUCUGCAUGUUUUACGCCGCGAAUCUAAGUGUAAGAAUCAAAGUUCCGUGAAGAUACAUAGGUAUAAGUUAAACUCAUAAACUAAAAUAUAAUCAAAUCUGUGAAAUUCCCUCCUGCGCGAAUCCUUCCACGAUUAAUGGAGUCUAAACGAACGUUCCGAAUACAUAACAUGAUAUCAUCACUUUUAAAGUCAAAUUUGUGAUUGUAUAAGUUUAGUUAGAUUAUUUUUUUUCGAUUUACACAAUAAUUGUGGUACCUUUCUUACACCAAUUCCGUUCAAUCGUUCAUAAAUGUGACCAUUUUAAAGUGUAGCCGUUUUUUAAAUGAAUGAAUCCGCGUUGUAUAUAUUUAAUCAAUCAGUUAUAAUAUUAUAAAAACUGUUAGUUAAAACAAAUAACAUUACUACACCAACGUAAAUCUAAACGAUUACUUAUUCACACUUUCAAGUAACUUGGGGGCUUAAAACUGCUCGAACACGACUAAUUUCAAAACAAAAAAAUUAAACAGCACACAGCGCACACUUAUCUCGGUGCAGAACUUAACGUGGCAAAGUGACUAUAGUCGGUGUAGCGGCGAACAGAAAAGUAAGCGCAUUCAGCCCUUUUAAACGUAUUAAUCCUAUUGGUUUCACGAAAACAAACAAACUCUCACACGCAUGUAUGCUAAAUAAUAAUAAUAAAGAUGAAAUAAUAAAAUUGCUUGUAUUAAAAAA